AUAAACUGAAUCGUUUAGCUUAGCGGGCACGACAUCAUAUACCCAUUAAGAACCAAGUAUUUUUUUUAUUUUGAAAAAUAAAAAAACAGACACAGCUAUAUUUUUCGUGUGAUAGAUUGCAUUUAGAAUUAGACUAAGUUGUCAUGACGAUACAGUAAAGAGGAAAUAAUUUAAAUAACACGAUGCAAGUUAACAAAUGCGGAUAAUUAGGUGUAAUUAACACUAAUGUUUUUAUUUCGUGUUUUACUGACGGUUACCCACACUUUUAAAAACGAUAAUUAUUACCCCCCUGGAGGAUUGUAGAUGACUGUGGCGGCGCGUUCACAAUGGGAGUGAUCGGUGGAGGCGUAUUCCAAUCCGUCAAGGGCUUCAGAAAUGCACCCGUUGGAGUCCGUCACAGACUGAGAGGCAGUGCAAACGCAGUCAGGAUCCGUGCUCCACAAAUCGGGGGUAGUUUUGCAGUGUGGGGCGGGCUAUUCUCCACUAUAGACUGUGGUCUGGUGAAGCUCAGAAGGAAAGAGGAUCCCUGGAACUCCAUCUCUAGCGGGGCUCUCACUGGGGCGAUACUGGCAGCACGCAGUGGCCCUCUUGCCAUGGUGGGCUCUGCGAUGAUGGGGGGGGUCCUCCUGGCUCUGAUCGAGGGGGUGGGCAUCCUGCUGACCAGAUACACUGCACAGCAAUUUCAUAACCCUAACCCAUUUGGGGACGACCCAAACCAGCUCCCCCCCAAGGACCAGCAGCAAGGCUACCAGUACCAGUAGAACCGGACAAUUGGACACAAGCAAGCGCACAGAUACAUUGAGGAUCUGAAUACCAGGCACUAGUCUCUCAAAUUCCCUACAUAGGCAGAACACUGAGGAAGCUAUCCUUGUGUUUCUGCAUUCUUGACCUCCCAUGAACUAUUCUGUGGCUUCGAUUAGCUCGGAAAUUUUAAAACAGAAUUUUAAUAGAAAACAACAGGUAGCAGAAUGUAGACAGUAGCCCUGCAUUGUGAAAUACUGAGCUCUGCACUGCCUCCUGUUUAGCAAGGAGUUGACUGUACCAAAGACCCAGGUAAAUACAAUGUGAAUCCUUUUUGUGUGUGUGAUAUAAAAAAUAUUCUAGCUCUG